UUGAACGGCUGAUGACAUCACCAGGAACUUCUGGUCCUUUCUAUUUGUCUCGACUCCGGUUUCAUCGACGUGUGUGGCCAUAUAAACAAACAUUCUACCAUUUGUUAGCCUUCAGACAGCAUCUCGAAGCAGUACUACAUUGCAAUGUGACGUUAUCCAGUUAGCUAAGGGUCUGACUGACACGUUCCGGGUCACUGUGUCCACCUGACGCGUGUGUGUCAGCAGAUGGCAAAUGAGGCGAGACCUUGCCCAUGUGAUAUCGGGGAUCGAAUGGAGUAUGGGGAACUCGGCCAGGAGGUCCAAAUCGAGCAUUUCAAAGCAUAUUUAGUGAAGCCAUCUACAGUGUCUGAGAAGGCCGUUAUUGUCAUCCAAGACAUAUUUGGGUGGCAGCUUCCCAACACCAGAUACAUGGCUGACAUGCUGGCUGCCAAUGGAUACACGGCCGUUUGUCCAGAUUUCUUUCUUGGAAAAGAACCGUGGAGCCCAUCACAGGACUCGUCCACAUUCAUGGCAUGGCUCGAAGACAAAAAGUCGACCAACAUCAAUAAAGAGGUGGAUGCUUUGCUGAGGCUCCUGGUGAAGCAAUGUGGGGCCAAACACAUAGGAGUGGUGGGCUUCUGCUGGGGAGGGGCUGCCACACAUCAUAUAGCCCUGCACUACCCCGAGGUGUCAGCCGGAGUGUCAUUCUACGGUAUGUCAUGUGUGCAGCAGCGACCGCCACUCUUAAACACUUCAGUCCUUGUUUGUCGCGGUUUCCUGAUUUGCUCACGUCCUGCAGGGAUCGUCCGAGAGGGAGAGGACAGAUAUGACCUGAAGAGUCCAACCUUGUUUAUCUUUGCAGAGAAUGACAAUAUCAUCCCGUUGGAUCAGGUGAGCGGUCUGGAAGCAAAGCUGGAGGAGAAAUGCACCGUGGAUUACCAAGUGAAGGUCUUUCCCGGACAGAGCCAUGGGUUCGCACACCGAAAGAGAGAGGACAUAAACCCCAUAGACGAACCCAGAAUUCAGGAGGCCAGAGCUGAUAUGAUCAACUGGCUGAACAAAUAUAUUUAAAUCACUGCAAAAGGUACUAUCAAGUAUGAGAGGGUGGCUGGAGCACAAUGAGGCCAAAUGUAGAGUGGGGCAGUGAUGUGACUUCAUUAUUUUUUCCAGGGAUUAAAAAGCAUCUCAGGCUGCGUCCACAUCUACAAACCAGCAUGGGGGGCCUUAUUUAUAAAUGAAAUAUUUUUGUAGUUCGAGCACAGACAGACAUCUGUUUACAAGCUUCUAAAUAAGGUUUAACAUGAUUAGAGCCCUCUAGACAUGAAAUAACACCCCUAAAGUCACCUUUACACUCCUGUUCCCCAGUAUAGUAGACACAAUAAGAGAAGAUAAGAUAUAAAUCUUAAGACUUGUUUGUGUAUGUUGCUGUAAAUGUGUUCUGUUGCUACGGGAGCUGAGGGGGGGUGGAAAGGAAGUGACGUCAGGGGCUCAGGUACAUUUUACAGCCGCAACAGUACUCUAUGUUAAGGAUUAUUGUGCUUUUUGCGAGACAAUUCAAACCUGUGAUAAAAGCCUGUUCUGGUGAUCAAGCCGGGUGCUUGUGUGUCACACUCAACAUUACAGUAACAUUACUGACACCUAGUGACCAGUGUACAAUACUACACAUCACAUCUUUGAAUGCCUUAUAUUUGUUUUGUACUUAAUUUGGCAAUUUUAAUGCUUGAAAAUGCUUAAUUUAGGCAAACAAUGUGUAAUAUUUGCUUAAAUGUGCAUAUUUAACUUGUAAUAGGCCGUAUUCAACCACAAAACAGCAAUGAUUUAUGAAUAUAUUUUACAAAAAACGAUAGUCAUUAAUGAGUCAUUAAUUUAGUGAAUAUCGUCCCUGGCCUCGUGCCUAAGACAAAUCUUAGCAUGUUUUAAUCUCGCAAGAUCUUGUAACACCCGGAUAUUAAGUAUUAAACUUACUUUAUGCAGAGUGAUGGCAUGAAAUACACCCAUAGCUGCUACAUAUUUCCACAGAUCAACAUUUUAAUGGAAAGUUUGAUACUGGAACAGCGUUUCGGUACCAAAUGAUAAAUAGCGGUAAGCGGUGCAGCUUUCGGUGCUCGGGAAGUGCCUACGAUCAGCAGCUCAAACAUGUUACCGCGUUCUAGACCACAGCCGAGCCUGCCGGUGUUCGGGGACGGUGGGUGUGGAGGUUUUAGUCCUCGCACUCUCCCGGGCUUCGGAUGUCAUCGAUCUUGAGGAUCAUCUUGACGACUUGGGUGGCCAGCAGGAUCUGCUGCUUUUUGCCGAUGAGGGUCUCGAUGACGUGCUGCUGCUUCAUGUCUGAGUGAAGUAGAAAGACGUUUUAGCGGUGAGGCGAGGGGAUAAUUUCACGCGGAUGCUCACCGUUGGUGCUGUUGUGCAGACAGUCGAUGCCCAGGUAGGGGUUGUUGUCUCGGACUUGUCUGGCUCUGACCUCUGUCAUGGUCUGGAUGGGAUUGAGGCCGCUAUUCUCAGCCAGCGCCAUUGGGAUGACCUCUAAGGCGUCUGCAAAUGACCUCAUUGCAUACUGCUCCAACGAAGGGCACUUGAAGUUCAAUGCAAGACAAAAAUUGAGUACUGAGGUUGCCAAUUAUUGCAUUUAAAAAAAAAAUGUAGGAACCGUUUUACCCUUUACCUUAUCUGCAGCCUGAUUGACAGCCAAAGCGCAAGAAAUCUCUGAGGCUCCUCCUCCAUAAACCACACGGUUGUCUCUCACCAGGUUGCGAAUUACGCACAGAGCAUCGUGGAGUGCACGCUUGGCCUCAUCGAUGAUCUAAUAAAGGCAGAUGGAGGCGCAGAAGUAAACCAAAAUAGUCCCGAGGGGGUCAGCGUGCAUCGAAUCAGAUUCAUUCUCCGUCUGACCAUCUUGUUGCCUCCACGUAUGAAGAUGGUCACAGCCCUGGUGUUCUUGCAGUCCUGGAUGACCAGCAUGUGGUCCUUUGUGGUGCCAAAGGAGAUCUCCUUCACUAAGCCGGCAGUGCCGAGCUUCUCUGGAGUCAGCUCACAGAACCUGGGCACAAUGCGCCCCCCUGUGGCGAUGGCGAUCAACUGCACAGGGAAAAUUAGUAAGUUGACUGAAUCCUGAAGACACAAUCAUGGCCUCAACCCGGGAUGCGCAUUUUUCAAUCAUUACGUCACAACCCAGUUUUAUUUUAUUUGUAUUUUUUUUACACGUUUAAGUCGUUUUUUUUAAUUGCCCUUCAUCUGUCAAAACAUUAAUAAAUUAAGUCCUAAAACAGGAAAUUCUUAAUUAUAAAAUAAGAUGAAAUGAGAUAAAUUGACAAAAUUAUGAGACAAACUGUGGGAUGUUAUUUCAUGUCUAGAGGGCUCUAAUGUAAAAAAAAAAACAUAUCUAGAAGGUUGGGAAAUUAUUUUUCUUUGCUCUGACUACAAAAAUAUUCCAUUUAUUAAUAAAUGCACUCAACAGUUGGACCGAAAACAGAUUAACUGCAAUAAACAUGACAGCGGCAACCUUGCGCAAAACAUACAAUCAGAAUGACUUCAAAUAAGACUGGAAAUAGUCCAUUGAGUCCAAGAAAUCACAGUAAAACAGAUGUGAUGGGACAAGCCAACAGGCCAUGGCUGGAAUGAGACGGUACUUUCCUUCAUAGUUUAUUAUAAAGAAGAUUCAUUUUGUCUUUUUGGUCGUCUUACAUUGAGGGUGGAGUUAUGUUCUGGUCUAUACUGUAUUAUUCUUAGCACAAGUCAACUUUGGCGACAAGCAUCUCACCUCAAUCUCAGGCCCUCCGACCCAGCGGACAGCGGGUAACUUGUUCUGCAGCAGCAGGUGGUUGGCUUCAUCAUCAAAGCCCCACUGGCAGAUAGCCAAGUUGGCGCCGUUGCUUUUGACCUAAAACAAGGCAAUCUGGAUGUAAACCACGUGGAAAGCUAGCAGCUAUGUUUUUGAACAACGAACCUGUUGGAUCAUCUCCUCAAACUUCUCCUUUUCAUAUUUCUGGAGGGCUUUGUAGUCCUCAACAGACGUGACGUCCAACUUGUGCUUGGUCUUGGGCUUCGGGGGCUCGAACGGGCAGGUGAGGAUUGCGAUUUUAACAUCUUUCAGAACCUGAGUUGCAGUAAAGAAGAGUCAGAAUUUGCCACGUUCUUCACGCUCAAUGUUCAUGUGAUGUUCUUACCUUUGGCAUCUGCGGGUGACUGAACUCUUUGUCGACGAUGACGCCCUUGAUGAGCUGCGUGUCCUCCAGCUUGCCUCCCACCUUGCCCUCCAUCUUGAUAAGCUCAAAGUCCACGUCUUUCCUCUCCAUGUCGGCCACGGUGAGGAUGGCGUUCACUGCAAUCUCUGCCAUCUGUCUGUGGCACCGGUUGAUGCUGAAAGCGGAAGGAAGGAAAGCUUAGCUAAAGCAACGUAAAAUCUAAAACAACCGUCAAUAAAUUGAUUGCGUGUGGUAGACUCACACUUUAGAGCCUAGCGUUGUCAUGGCGGUCUGAAUGAGCGGUUCCGUGUUGUUGGGAUCGCAGGGGAACGUUUCCCCGAUUUUGUCAAGCUGCUCGAUGGCGAUGCGGGCGGCUUGGUCGUAGCCGUCAGAGAUCCUGAUGGGGUGGAUUCCGCGGUCAAGGAGCUGCUCGGCCUGCUCAAGCAGAGCCCCUGCCAGCACUGACGAGACAAGAAAUAAAAAAAGAUAAAUUAAAAAAAAAAGAUAGGCUAUAUACUCUUCAUAUUUUACAUAUGAUAUUAUACUGUAGAUAUACUUACUUGAUAUUUAAUAUGCUAUAAAUACAAUUAAAAAUUACAUUAAAAGACACUCUAAAGCAGAUAUUCUCAACUGGCGGGUUGGGACCCAAAAGCUUAUCAAAAAUUAAAUUAAGUAUUACUAGUAUCAAUUAAUAAUACAAUUACAAAAAUGUAUACAAAUAAAAUUGUCUAAAAAAUAAAUUCAUACAUUAAUUUAUAUAUUUUAUUUUAGACAUAAGUUAGCUUCCUCAUCACUGAACAGCUACAAGUGAAAUAUCUGAUUGUGGUUUUAUUUAUUGCAAUUUUGCUAUGCAAUUGUAAUCUAUGCAUUAUUUGGAGAGCAGGGUGGCCCAUUAGGCAAUAUAGACCAACGCUCAAGACGCCAUGGCCGUCGGAGGGUGGCAAAAAUCACGUUCGAUCUAAUUAUGUGCACAAGAGAGUUGUGUAAUCCCUUGUUUUUUCGCGGUUAAUCAGUUCCAGACCCGACAGCGAGAAGUGAAUUCCCUCUGAGUAAGAUUCCUUAUUUAUAAAUGGAAUAUUUAACUAGCUAGAGGAUAUAAAAACGUGUUUAUGACCUUCUAAAUAGAGUCUUUGACAUUAUUAUAGCCCUCUAGACAUGAAAUAACACCCCUAUAGUCACCUUUACUUUCAUAUUACCCUGUAUGGUAGACAUUAAAUUGAAAACAAGCCAUUUAAGACAUAAUUUAGACCCCUAACCCAAGCAUUUAGAGAGUUCCUUGUUACUGUUACUUUCCCACUGGGAAACGUGGGUCCCAGGUUGAGACCAUUGCAGAACCCCUGCUCUAAAUGACUCAACGCAAUGUUUGAUUUUGUACCACCGACCAGAUAUUGCUGGUAUAGUUGCCUAUAUUGUUUAUAAAUGCCCACGUGUAUAAUUGCUAAUAUUAUCCCAAAUAUAUCCACACAAACACCUUGACCUGAUGGUGUCAGCCAAUUUUACAUUAAAAGUCACACACCUAGCUCUAGCUAUAAGCACCUAGCUCAUUUUCCUUUCACGUACCAACAACUCCAGUGGUUCCAUCACCAAUCUCAUCAUCUUGUGACUUGGACAGCUCCACCAUGAGUUUAGCAAUCUGAUGGUCCACAUCCAUCAUGCUGAGGAUCGUGGCUCCAUCGUUGGUGACAGUCACUUCUCCAUCUUUGUCAACCAUCAUCUUGUCAAGGCCUAGCCACGAGAAUUGAGAAUAUAAUAAAAGUGUUGAUUAUAAAAUGUAGCUGUUGGUUUAUUACACUUACCGUUAGGUCCCAAAGAAGUCCGAA